ACUGUUCAUCUCGGAGCACUUGUAUAUUUAUCUAGUUACAAACAUAUUGUUUUUCAAAUGUAAGAGUAGUUAAAGGUGAAACUAUCCAUUAAUGGAAGAAUAAAUUAUAUGUGUUUUGUAUUCCGAAUUUGCUUCCUCUAAGGAAGUUUUGGAAAUUGAACAGGAAGUCAGGAAAUAUGGUGUUCCAAAAGGAAGAUCUCAAAAAAAAUACCACAAAUGAUAAAUACAUUGGAACCUCUUACACAGCUCUUGACAGUUUAAUGUGCUCUAAUUAUGACCUCAUAAACAUAUACUCGAGUACAAUAUUUCGUACAACAAAUCUAAUGGCUAUACUCAAAUCAGUCCUACAUUUCGAACAAAUCAAAUAUUCUAAAGGAAAUUGGAAAGAUGCAUGGGGCCAAACGAGUCAUAGUUUUUUGCUGUCUAACAGCAUUAUUACCAGCAAUAUUUAUCAUCGCACCUUUAUAUCUAAGACAUAGCACUUUUGCUGAUGUUAUUUAUGCUGUUGCGGAAUCCGAUAUUGUGGAAGUGGUAGAAGGAAUAUCUUCCGUUUUCUGUCAAGCACAUUAUCUUCAGAUGAACAGUUCUUUUAAUGCUUUUCAGCUUAGGGGUACCCCGCAAAUAAGUGAUAAAAUGAAACAUAUUCAAUUGAAAAAAUCUAUGUCUUUACCUGAUGAUACCUUUGAAUAUUGGGGUUUUUUUCUGCUUCGCGGUGCUGUAGUUAAAUUGAAAGUUUGUUCGAAAUAUGAUGGCUCAAGGAUUUUGGUUGUGAAGGGAGAAAAGCACUUGAAAACUUGUGGAACACUUGAUGAAAGAAAAGCUGUAGAUGCUAAAAUGAAUGAUGAACAUUUUAAAGUGAAGGUCACUAUUGAGAAACCCGCCGUGGAAAUUGGGGUAAUUGAUGAAGAAGCAUUAAAGAAAAAUACAGCAAUGGAGGAAAUGGAUGAAGAUAAUGUUGAUGAUUAUAUCCAAGAUAGGUUGAACAGAGGGAGAAUGAGGUUGAAUAAUAAAUUAAAUUUCACAGAAAUCAAUAGAAAUGAAACAUCAGACUCAAAACAAACUAUAACUAAAAAUAUUAAUCACAUUGAAGAACCGGAUAAGCCAAAAUUGAACCGUACUAGAAGGGAGAAAAAUUUUGAUGCACACAUUGCUCAUGGUGGCAAUGCUCCAAACAAAACAUCGGAAGAAAGUAGUGUUUCUAGCUUUGAAACUGAACUCUUAACAUGUUAUAAUGGAGAAAUUUUGGUCGCACAAGAAUUUCCUCAUUCUCAUUUAUGCAAAGAUGUAAAUUACUUGGAGAAUAGCAGCAGUCAUAUGCAAACGUUCCACGAGGUUGGAAGUGAUGGUUAUUAUUACUAUAUAUUUUAUUCAGACUACGAGGAGCAUAGUAAUGAUGUUCAUGCGAUUUUUGAUAUUUUCAAACCAACAUAUCGAUUCAGUAAUUCCUCUUCAAAGCACUCUUGCAUUAAUGUUACGGAAUGUACUUUUCCGUUGAGCUUUUGGUCUGAUGAAACUGUUAUCGUUGAAGUACCCACAAGAGAUGGAAUUGAACAUGAAGCUGAUGAUAUAACGUACUUAUUAAGCCGGUGCCAACCUAGAAUGGCUGUCUAUAUGAUCUUCCCUAUUUUAGUGUUGUUUUUGAUUUUAGGUUGUGCAUUUAUAUGAAUUUUUAUUUUAAACAAAGUUAAUUCAUAUAUGAAAUUUUUCAUUCAGCAUUUUGAUGAAUCGGAUUUUCAUUUUAUCAUUAUUCAUGCAGAAUACUCUAUUUCUUCUUUUAUUUUGUUGAUUUUACAACAAUCAUCAAUUGAAUUAUGGAUGUCUAACAUAUAUAAUUAUGUAUUUCACAUAUCAUUAACUUAUCUCGAACCCUGAGCAAAAAUCAAGAGCUCGACAAUACCACAUACCUGAAUAUUAUUAUUUGGGAUAUUGUGACGUUUGAUACUCUUUCAUUUUUCUUUGCUUCUAAAUUGGCAUGGAAGUUCAAGGUAUUAUCAUAGUUGUUCAAAAAUGCUUGAUGAUUCAGUCAUAAUUGAUGGAGUUAUUGCCAAAGUGUACAAUCAAGAGAUUGUAUGUUUAUUGAAAAUUGAUCCAAUUGCUAUGAAAUUAAGGUAUAUUAGAACUUAGCUCUGAAAAACUAAACUGUUGCUAAGUCUAAUAUAGUUUCUGUUUGAAAUUGUACACUUUGGAACUAGCCCCCUCAAUUGUAGGAUGAUAUUUUUUCAUAUAAAACAUCCAAAUUGUUCUGGUUGCAUUUUAUCCUGCUCAGUAUUGAAUUUAAGAAUAUUUUAUUCUUUGUUGCAUUUUUAAAAUUUGUGCGUGUUUCAUUAUAAAUUUAAUUUAUAUAUGUAUAUUUAAAAGAAAUCAACAGUUUUUGUUAGGUUGUGGUUAAAAUUGUCAUGAAUUUUCUAUGAAAUAUUAAAUGGAUUGGCCCAAAACACUAGAUGACAGUGUGGUCUGAAAAUAUAAUGAUUUUGUUUUCAAGCCACUUAUUCAGGAAUACUUUUUUGAAAUAUUGAGCAAAUCUUAUGUUUGCUAACAAUCCAAGAAAAAAAGCUAUUUAAUAGUAAGAAAAUGUGAUAUAUGUAUAUAUAUUUUUAAUGAUAGGUAUAUAAAUCAUUGUUAAAUUUUUAUAUAUUUAAUUCAUCGUAUUUUGAAUAAAAGGUUAUGGAUUGUUCAAGAA